AUGUUUAACAGAUAGAACAAUUAAGAAGAAAAAAAGGGUAUUGAAUUUAAAUAACUUCCAUUUAAAUUCAGGAAAUAUUGGGAUGGAGAUUUUUAUUAUGCUAAAUUAAAUGAAAUAGAAAUUCCUAUUCCUAAUUUUGUUGAAAUGAGAUUCAUAACUUAGUUAUUCUAAGUUGUUGAAGAAAUAGAAAAGUCAUCUUAAGAAUAUUUGGAAAGAGAAAGUCCAAAAUUAAAAAUCUAAAUUUUAGAAAAGAUAAGCAAAGAGUUCAUUAAUAAAAAUUAAGCUGUUAUUGACAAACAUUCUAAAAAACCUCAAGGAUUGGAUGAAGAAACAAAAGAAAAAGACAAAUAGAAAAAAGAAAAUAAAAUAAAUAAGUAAGAUAGUAAACCUUUAAAAGAUCAUGUAUAACAAUAGUAAAUAAUUUACAAUCAAGACGUUAAGCAAAAUUAACUUUAAGACGAAGAAGUAAAAUCAUAGGGUUCAAAAGCAUCAUCUAAAAAAUCUUAAUUUAACUAAAAUUUAAUUAAGAAAUACUAAAUUCAUAAUAAUAAAAAAAUAAAUAGCUAUGAAAAUGAUUUGAAAAAGUUUUUCGUUUCGACAAUAAACUACAGCUUACAAAAUGGCUCCAAUACAUAUAAAGACAUUUAGAAAUAAAUAAAAUUAUAAGAAAAAUAAUAAUAAGCAAAGAGUAAUUCAACAAAUAAAAUCAAAAACCCCUACUUACAAAGUGAAGAUGAUUAUCAAAUAAGUGAAGAAUAUUUUGAAAAAAUCAUGAAUAAAGUUGAUAAGUUUGGUGUAGAUAGGUGUUAAGUCUAGGAAAAAAUAAACUAAGCUCUUAAAACUGAAACGGUAUCUAUCAAUUUUAAAGAAAAUAAGAAAUUGAAAACUAUCAUAUAUUCUAUAUUAUAUCGUAACAUUUGCUAAAAAAAGCUUGAGGGUGCAAAGAAGUUUAUUUACAAGAUUUUAGGCUAUAUCAACCCAAAAUAAAAAGGCUUUAAAUCUGAAAAUUUUCUUCUCAGGUAAAUUUUCUUACACUUUUUAUGUAUCUUGUUAACUGAAGCUGAGUAUAAAUAGUAAGCAACCACAUUCUUAAAUACUAUUUUUAGUUUUGAGUUCUUGUCUUCAUUAAUUUUAGAUUACAUGUAGAAUUCAGCCUAAAAAAUUCUCAAAGUAAAUAUUGCGGAUCAAGAUGAAAAAGAUUAGCCGUUACAGUGGUUAGCAUAAGGAUAUAACUUAGACUUAUUUUUAUUUGAUAGCAAUUCUAAUUUUAAAAAAUUGAAGUUUAAGAGAAAAAUUGAUUCGGAAUCUAAUAUCAUUUUUAUUUAUUUCGAAUAAUCUUUAAACUAAGAACCAAAUUAGGCAGUUUACUUUGUCAUUAAUCCUAGUGACUAACUAAUUGCUUUAAUGUGA